GGAACGGAAGUUGCUUACUUGGCGCAUGCGCAAAUAGAUCGGGCACGAGAACUUUUAACAGCAGAAAUCGGCGACAGGAGUUGGCUUUGCUGCGAUGGGUGCAAAGUGUGGCGAUUGAGGAGGAAUAUUCUGGAACAAAAAGAGGAGAAGGGGUGACAACAUCAACAGCUGGACGCCGUUUUAAAGAAACAGAGCAGACGUCUGUGAAGAAUAUCUGCUCCCUGAGCAACAGGAGUGGACCUCCAGGAUGGAGCAGGAAGAUCUGCAGCCCCCUCAAAUUAAAGCGGAAGAGGAGGAGCCACAGACCCCUCACAUUAAAGAGGAAGAGGAGGAACACCGCAUCAGUCAAGAGGGAGAGAAUCUUAAAUGGCUGGAGGAGGUUGAUGUCACCACGAUGCCACUGACUGUUGUCAUUGUGAAGAGUGAAGAUGAUGAGGUCAAAGGUGAAAGUGAGGGGCAGAUGGAGGCGGAGCCUCCGAGCAGCAGCUCAACAGAAGCUGAUGGGGACCACUGUGGAGGAUCACAAGCAGACAAGCUCUUAGCUCCACUAUCAGAUAGUGAGGACACAACGUCACACUCUCCUGACACUGAUGAUGAAGGUGAUAAGACAUGUCACCAUGACAACGCACGCCUGACGUGUUCUCACUGCGACGAAACCUUUCAUCACCGUUGUAACCUGAAAAGACACAUGAGAAUACACACCGGAGAAAAACCCUUCUCCUGCUCAAUCUGCCACCAAAGCUAUUGCGACCAGUCGACGCUCGCAAGACACAUGACCACACACACCGGAGAGAAACGUUUCGUUUGUUCAGUGUGCGGUAAGCAAUUUGCGAGGAAAUGUAAGCUGCAAUCCCACACGAGAAUACACACCGGUGAAAGACCGUUUACCUGUUCAGUCUGCGGUAAGGGUAUUUCAGAAAAAGACAAGUUAAAAAUACACAUGCGAAUACACACCUGUGAAAAACCUUUCAUCUGUUCAGUGUGUGGUAAAGGUUUCGCACGGAAAUACAAAUUGAAAUCCCACAUGAAAAUACACACCGGCGAAAAACCGUUCAUCUGUUCGAUGUGCGGUAAAGCUUUCGCGCGGAAAGACGGGCUGCAAAUACACAUGAGAACGCACACCGGGGAAAAACGGUAUUCCUGUCCGUGCUGCAACAUUAGCGUUUGUAACCACCAAGCACUGGUAGCGCACAUCAGAAUACACACCGGAGAAAAACCUUUCAGGUGCUCAGUCUGCGGUAAGGAUUUUAUUGAAAACAAACGUUUGAACCGACACAUGAAAACACACACCGGCGAGAAAGUGUUCAGUUGCGGUGUGUGUGAUGAGAAAUUCUCUGAUAAUUACCAGUUUCAACAACACCUGUGCGCUGGUGAGAACCGCAGCGGCAAAUAAAAAUAGAAUACAAAGUAGGGCUGGGCGAUAUUGGCUUUUAUUAAUAUCGCAAUAUUUUUAUGCCAUAUUGCAAUAUAUGAUAUAUAUUACGAUAUUUUGCCUUGGCCUUGAAGGAACACUUGAUGCAUAUAAUCACAGCAGUAUGAUGAUUCUAUGUGUCUACAUUAAAACAUUCUUCUUCAUACUGCAUUAAUAUAUGCUAUUUUUAAACUUUCAUGUAGAGAGGGAAAUCACAACUAAGUCAAUUGACCAAAACUGUAUUUAUUAAAUACUCUUCAUUCUCUCACGGGUGACUUUUUAAACGAAAGAGCAAAUUAAUAGUGUUGUUACCUUUUUGUAGUAACACUUCUGCUGCAUACUUUGAAUAUUGCUGUUGUCUGCUGAAUAUCUUCCCACUUGAAGCCAAACCACCACCAAAUGAUGGAUCCCCUGCUCUUUAUUUUGGGCAUUUAUUGUUCUUCCUCCAUUUGUGAUCAGUUUCACACCUUCUCUCUCUUGUAUACAUGGGUUUUUGAUGACGUAACAACCGUCCCACAAUUCCCUUGUCCGCCAUCUUGUGUGUCAAAACAAACACGCCUCCGUUGUUAUUUUUGUGAGAAAUGGGUCACACGUGUCGUUUUGGGGCCGUGUAAACCACUCCAAUUCAGGACAAAGAACAACAAAGUAUUAAGAUAUCCCUGAGGUCAUAGUAAAACAGGGAAAAGAAACCGGGCGACUGUCGACAGAAAGAAGCAACCUGCUGCUAGCUAGAAUCAAUCGAGUGGGAUUUAUCACCUGAUCCGGCAAAACGACAUUAUAAAGUUUGCUCUGAUCAUUUUGUAACAGGUACUUUGAAUUAUGUUGCUCUCUGUAUCGAUGAUAAAAUGUGUUAUGGUUAGAAUAGAUAUUAAAAUGGAGGAACUACAGUGCCUGUGCUUGUACUUAAAAACGCUCGACGUCUGACGUUGUUGCACAAAUAUAACCUUCUAUAUAUAAUUUAGGGAAUCUCCGCUUAUUUGUGGACAAUUUUAUUAACAUUUGAAUGAAUUAAAUCAAGAUGCCCGUUACGUCGAUCGCGAGCCACCAGUCGACCGCGGGGGGUGUGUGUCAGUCGAUCUCCAGCCAGGCUUUUAAAAAAAAAUAGACCUAAAAAUUAGUGAUCAUCAAUCUUCACCAGACGUCACUUAAAUGACAUUCACGGUACCGGA